AUGAACUCCGUCCAUAGCAAUCUUGCUAUCUUAAUCUACCUGAUUCGAUUAGCCAAGUGUUUAAUUGAUAACAACAAUGUAUGUCUGAAACCCUACCUCCAGGACCUCCUACCCUGCAUUAUCACCUGUGUUCUCUGUCGACAAGUCUGUGCGAAACCCCUCUCAGAUAACCACUGGGCCCUGCGGGAUUUUUCUGCUAAGCAGUUGGUUUCUCUUUGCACAAAGUACAAUACUGCCCAGAAUCUUCUAUUAUCUCGAGUUUCCAAACUAAUCUACCGGGUACUUUGGCUAUGGAUCGAAGGAAAACAAGCUUCUGAAGACAGUACUGCCCUUUCCUCCGACUAUUCUCUAAAGGCCAAUCUCGGCUCUGCCAUCGAUUCACUCAACACUGCUUAUGGUGUGCUUACAUGUUUCGUGGAAUUCGGUGAGGCUUGUCUUGAGAAACUCGUCUUUCCUCAUUUACCAGUAAUAUGCAAGCGAAUCAUCGGAAUGGUCGCCUCUGCUUCUAAUACUCCCGCCGCUACUAGUCUUGCGGAAACACCGACGACAUCAUCGUUGCAACCAUUAGCACCUAGCAACCCUGAAUUGAUGGUGGUAAUGGAUCAGGAGACUGGUUUGAGACAGACUAUGAACACUACUACUGCUCCUUCUUCUUCUCUACCUUUCGCGGAGCUUAAGUCGUUUGAGGCUCUUAAGGGUUUUAUGAAAAAUAAGCUCUCUAUUCCUUUGGCUUCUUACCGACUAAGGAUGGGACUGCCUGUAUCGUUAGACGAAUACAAAGAACUCUAUGGGAUGUUGGCGCCAAGUCUUUUACCUCCUAGUUCUGCUAAAGGCGCUAAAGGUGGACUUAUUGUUACUAAACCACAGCCUUAA